AUGUUACCUAAACCUUUUCAAGUCCGUCUCUAUAUUAUCCGGCAUGCAGAAUCAGAAAUCAAUGCUGCCUCUACUCAUAUUUGCGGUCAGAGUGUUCCAUGUAUGUUAAGUUCACUUGGUAAUGAACAAGCAAUAUUAUUAGGCAAACGUUUAAAAUAUCAAAAUAUCAAAUUUGAUUCUGUUCUAUGUUCAACAGCUGUUCGUGCACAACAAACAGCAGAAAUUGCAUUAAAAACCAUGAAUAUUGACACAUCAAAAUUAAUCAUUUCAAGUGAACUUCUAGAACAAUCUCAAGGUAGUUGGGAAGGUAUGAGCCGAGCAUUAGCUUUUACUCCAGAAGUAAUACAGCAGUGGAAUGAAUUACAUUUUGAAUUCUGUCCUCCAAAUGGUGAAUCAAAACGAAUGGUACAAAAACGUGCUUUGGCUUAUCUAGAACCAAUUAUUGAACAAGCAAAAAAUCAAAGUCUACGAGAAAAUCGUGGAAUAUCAAUUGGUAUUUUUACACAUGGAAAUUUAAUACGAUCUGUAUUACAAUAUUAUUUACAAAGUAAUCCAAAAUAUGUAUGGCUUAUUCAACAAAAUAAUACAUCAAUUAAUGAAAUUCUAUUAAAUGAAAAUGGAAUAUCUGUGGUUAAAAUAAACGAUGAUAGUCAUUUGAGAUUUUUUAUUCCAGAAAUACACAGUGAAUCAUUAGACAAUAAUGAUUAUGAACAGAUAAAUAUUUAA